CUUGACAUAGCUAACAGGAAGUUGUGGGAAGAACGGUCCACAAAAGAUAUUUCAUUCUAUCCAGGUCGUCUUUGGAAACCAUUCUCAGCAAUGGUGAAGAUUUUUGUGGGGAACCUUCCCCGAGAAGCUACCGAGGAUGAGAUCAAGGAGCUCUUCGAGGAGCAUGGCACAGUCACUGAAUGUGCCAUCAUCAAGAACUUCGCCUUCGUCCAUAUGGAUGACCGUAAGGCUGCCACCAAAGCCAUCAAGGCCCUUCAUCAGCACAAGCUCCAUGGCACAGCAAUCAAUGUUGAGGCCAGCCACGGGAAGAACCAGGGCCCCGUGAAACUGCAUGUAGCCAAUGUAGAAAAAGGAGCUGAUGACGAACUCCGUGCUCUGUUUGAAGAGUACGGUACGGUCACAGAGUGUGCUGUUGUCAAGAAUUUUGCUUUUGUGCACAUGCCCAACUAUGAUGAGGCCAUGGAUGCUAUCAAAGGGCUUGAUAACUCUGAGUUUCAAGACAAACGCAUCCAUGUUCAGGUUUCUAAGAGUCGACCAAGGUAUGAAGAAUGUGAAGAGUACCCACCUCCUCCCCCAGACAGGGGAGGUUACUGGCCUCCACACUAUCCAGGAGAGCGGCCUGAGCCUCCCCCACCCGGUUACCUGAGGGGUCGCCCCAUGCCCCCUGGUUAUCCAGGUCCUCCUCUGCCACCCCCUCCUCCCAGGCGGGCAGCUUAUCCUGAGCGGCCCUAUGACAGCGAAAGGGAGCGAUACAGUGUAGUAGAUUACUACGAGAAGUACCGUGCUCGUCCGUAUGCCAUGUCUCCCUAUGAAGAGCAUCGUGCUAUACCCCCACCUCCUCCGCCUCCGCCCUCUUCUGUCGUUCGAGACCGCCUUAUGACCUCACCGCUUAAUCCAUAUGAGCGUCGCCCCCUCCCUCCUCCGCCUCCGCCCUCAUCGUACUACGCCCGAGAUCGCAGCCCAAUCCGGAGGGCUCCUAACGCACCGUUACCCCCUCCGCCCAGUAAUGGCUAUGCCUACGAUCGCUCUCCAUACACAGUUCCACGUGCAAGGGAUCCCUAUGCGGACCGGCUGCCUCCGCCUCCACCUGCACGCUACGCAUACUAAUGCGACACGUCAGCAUUUUGAAGGAUUGUUGUCCGACUGCGUCGCUGCUUCCUGAUUCACGUGACUUUAUCCUCUUCCUGUCUGCGGCUGAGCGCGUUUCGUUCCUCUACAACACUCAAAAGGAACUGAAUUCUUUUCGUCAGUGGCUGUUUGUUUGGUUUUAGUACCUAGAAUAUGUUUUUUCCUUCUUCUGACUGUUUUAGUAUUGAAUUGUACUGUAAAGACCUUACUGGCAAACGUCUGAAUGGGGCGUCUUUUUUUUUUAAAACAACCUUUUCGUUUUAUUAAGCGUAAUAUUGUGUGUGACGUUAGAAAGUUAAAUAACAUUCGCAUUCCUUUAAAGGCGGCUUUAGUUUACUCCCCAACCUGCACGUUUGAUUAAUCAUGUAAAUGCUCUCCAUCAAAAUUCAAACUUCUGUGGCGUUGCUGAAACGUAAAUGAAUAACAUGUAAAUUUAAUGACGCAAUUAAUACUGUGCGAUUGCAAGAUCUGUUAAAUGUUCCCUUUUGGUAAAAUAAUUUUUGGUUAGUAAGUGUGAUCUCGAUGCUCACUGCGCAACACCUUUUCACCUCUGUAACCGUUUGUCAUUAUUUGCUGUUUUCAAUCAUCUUUUCCUUAAUAGAAACAAACGAAUCACAACCAUGUAAAAGCGUUACGUUUAUUAAAGAACGUGUUGUCGGA